CUACUCCAGCAGACGAUUUUUUCCAGAAUAGCUGAGCGCGCUUCAAAAAUUUCACGUGUUCGCCGGCCACGCGCGCGCGAUGUAUUCGUGUGGCCUGGCCUGUAUUAUUAAAACGACGUUAUCAUUCAUGGUUAUAAAUUAUGUUUUGUCACUUUUUAUGUGAUUUACAAUAUUUCAACGUGUCAUUCAAAGAUGGACCAGAUCCUUAUAUCAGUCAGGCUCAUUCAGUCUCCAAGGUUGGGUAAAUUUUCCGGAAAUGUAGCAGAAAUGAGGAUGCCUGUUCACGCGACGCAAAGUGGGGCCGAGAUACGAGACGAGGUUGCUCGUCUCUCGGGACAGUCCCCCGCAGAUAUUCGCCUGAUAUUCGCUGGGAAGUUGAUCACUGAUGUGCAAACAAUGGAGGAUCUGAGGAUUUGUGAAAACACUGUGAUCCAUGCUGUACCUUCUCAGAGGAUUCAACAUACCAAGACCAUUCAUGACAUUGACGUGGAACAACCACCGGUGUGUGGUCUCUUAGAAUCAAGAAUUGUGGACAAAGAUGGCAAUAUACCUAAUCCUGACCCUGGGUCAUCUCUUCGACCUGGCUUCUAUAUUUAUUGCAAGAGUCACUGUGUCUCAAUACAACCUGGCAAGCUGAGGGUGUGCUGUCAAACCUGUAAGGAUCCUGCUUUCAUCGUCAGAGAGGAUCCUGUAUGCUGGGAUGAUGUAAUUCUGUCCGAUAGGAUAUCAGGAAGUUGCCUUACUCUAGGAUGCCAAGGUGAUAAAGCUGAAUUUUUCUUCAAGUGUUCAUCACAUAUAUCAUCAGGGAAUGAUCAACUCACAGUGCUUCCUCUUAUACGGACCAACACCAGAAGGGUUAUAUGCAUCACAUGUGCAGAUGUCUUAAUAUCUGUAUUGGUCUUUCCAUGUUCAGCUGCUCAUGUGAUGUGUUUGGAUUGUUUUAGCCAAUACUGUAGGUUGUGUUUAAAUGAGAGGAGAUUUAUUCAGAGUCCUGAGCUAGGAUACACAUUACCAUGCCCAGCUGGAUGUGAGGAUUCUCUCAUCAAGGACACACAUCAUUUCUUGGUGCUGGGAAAGGAACAGUAUGCCCGAUACAAGAGAUUUGGUACCGAGGAGUAUCUUCUAAGUGAGGGCGGGGUCCUGUGCCCCUCCCCAGGGUGUGGUGCUGGUAUACUACUAGAAUCAGGAGAGGAGAGGAGAGUGGAAUGCCUGCAGGAGGAAGGCUUUGGAUGUGGGUUUGUCUUCUGCCGGAACUGCCAUGAAGCCUACCACGAUGGGGAGUGUGGACAGAGGAUAGAGGAGCCUCAGAAUCCGACAGCACUGGGGUCAGAGGUCAACAGUGAGAGGGAGCGACAAGCAAGAUGGGAGAAAGAAGAGAGUAGAAGAAUCAUAGCAGAGACCAGUAAACCUUGCCCUAACUGCAAAGUGCCUGUAGAAAGAAAUGGUGGAUGUAUGCACAUGGUCUGCAGUCAAGCCCAAUGCAAGUAUGAGUGGUGUUGGAUAUGCGGAAUCGGCUGGAACAUGGACUGCCUAGAAGAUCAUUGGUUUGGUACAGGCUUGCUUUUGUGACAUCACAAUAUGAAAGCAUAUCCCUAAAACUUAUUUCAACAUAUGAUGUGAUAAAGAAGAUGAUAACUCUGAUAAGAAUCUUGUUUGUGAGUGUUUGAUUUUUACUUAUAAUAUCAGGUCAUCUUCAUGAGCUGAUUUAGCAAAUCAGAAUAGAUUAUAUAUAAGGUGAACUGGGGUCCGUUGCAGAAAGAGUUGCGUUUAAACGCAAGUCAAAAAAUCAAUCGCAAGUCCAAAAUGCACGUUGUUGAUUGGUUGAAAAUGAAGUUGCGCGUGAUUUUUAGAGUUGCGUUUGAUUGCAACUCUUGCUGCAACGGGCCCCUGAUUAUAUCUACUGAUGGCAAUGUGACAGCAUUUUUUAUUCUUUGUGGAUGCAAUAAUAGUGUAUAUUUUUUAUCAUAGUAUAUAUUCCAUAACUGAAAUAUGGACAUGUGUCCGUGUACAUCUAUAUAUGUAUAAGCCUCCCUUAAAAAACAAAAAUUAUCACAAUAUUCCACUAUUUUGAUAAUACUUAAAACAUACAUCAUAAUAAGAUCUCUAAGCACUUUUCAGUACUUGUUGAAUAAAUGUUGGCAUAUCAUUGUAUUAGUAAUCGAGACCAUUCUCAUUCUCAGUCUUACAUGCAUGUAUCAGCCAAGUCUGUUGUAUAUCUCUUUGCACAUCCGUCUUCAACUAUGAUUUUCACUCCUCUAUGAGUUGGGGGAGAUUUUACGCUGUUGGAGAGUGGAUACUAUAUUUAGAUGUUGUGAGCACAGUUUAUUCUUUCCUUGUAUCGUUUAAAGAUAGAGCAAUUUUUCUUUUUUUUUUUAGAUGAAUUUCUGCCGAGUAGGCUUAUCGCUCUUCUAACUUUACUUUCCGGACAGAUCUCAUUCCCAGGAAGGUGAGAGUUUAGUACCACUUCUUUAUUUCCCCCAUCUGUGACUUCGACAUCGUCAAAUUUGUUUUUGAUUUGCUGAAACUCACAGGAGAGCAUCUGAUGAAUGAUCUCGGUCAGUGAAGACACCUUCCCUAUCUAACCUCCCCCUGUCUUUUGAAUUUCAGAUUUGUGCACACUUCAUUCUCUCUUGGCAGAUAGCUUCAUACAUUUUCAUUGGUCCUUCAUACAUUAUAAAUCCCUUACUUUCCCGAAACGGGCAUUAAACUGUUCGAGGAUGUACAUCCAUGAGCUGUUUUGGGGCGUCAGUAAUACAAAAUCAUUUUUCUUGGAUUCUACUAGGUCCAACUGGUCCCGGAUGAGUUGAACCAGAAGAUUCUCCUCAUCACAGGACCAGUUGGCUGUUCUUUUUUCCACUUAUGAGUUUUUCCCAUGUCUUUAUCUGCGGAUAGAGAUUUUAAGCCAUGAUGGCACAGCUUCUUUGAAAAGCACCAACUCAAGAUCGAAACUAUAACAUAGAAUCAGGUUUGGCAAUUUUGCUCAUCUAACUUUACUUACCAGACAGAUCCCAUUCCCAGGAAGGUGAGAGUUGAUACCGCUUCUUCAUUUCUUAGAGUCACUUUGGCACCGUCGUCGUACUUAUUUGCAAUAAACUCACAGGGGUGCAUUUGAUGUAUCGUGUCAUUUAGGGGGGACACCCCCCCCCCCCCCCCCGCUGACCUGCCCCCCCUCCUGUCUUGCGAAUCUCUGAUUCAUGCAGACUCCAUUCUCUCUUAGAAAAUCGCUUCCUACAUUUUAAAUCCCUUACUUUCCCGAAACGUUGUAAUGAAAGUAAAGUAAAUUUCAAUAUUCCUUGAUUUUAAUUUCUUGAUUUGAAGAUAUACUCAUUUAGUUCACCUCGCUUUGUACAAGGCAAUGGAACACUGCCAGCAAGCCGAAGCAUUAUUUAGAACCUGUUGACGGGCCUUUGCAGUAUGCAUAUUUGUUUGUAGAAGGAUAUGGUCAGUAAACUUUGUACAAAAUCCUCAAUUGAGGUGUCAUCCGACACAUCUCUGUCACUAGUUAAUAUUGUUUGGGGCUCUAAAAGAUGAAACGUGAAAUUGUAGGUCUACUUGUAGGAACAUUUAUUAGUCAAAUCAAAACAGCCCAGAGAAUUUAGUAUAUACAGUCCUGAAACAAUCUGGAACUAAGUCUAAUCUAUCGGUGAUGAUACUUUUGGCAAACAAGCAGUCAGUAAGCCGUUGUAAAACUUCCUUUUUCCAACAUAAUUCAAAUAAUAUUCAGAUGAUAAAUGGUCGUUGAUCAGCACAAGAAAAUAAGUUACACCUGCUUUCGAGAGGAAAUCUAUUUCUCUGACAAAACAAACUUGAAAAAGAAAAUAUGUUGACAUCGCAACGUAUCUAACGCGUUGCAGGUUGACACAAAAGGCGCGCAACUCUGCAACCAGCGAUGUUACGUAACAAUAAGUUACGUAACAAUCGCAUUACCACAAUAUGACUCAAAGUAAAGCACAAGAAACUUGUUUGAAAAAGUGAGAUAAGUGAGCUUUUAAAGAAAUAAUAUUAUUAAAAUGUCUCAAUUCACUUCAGGAAAAAAAGUUUAAUUUUCAUACUUUUUAGACAUUGAAAUCCUUGGAUGUGAUUACACAAAUAGGCUGGUAUGCCCUAGAAGUGUUCACGGCCAUCUCCUUCAUCAGUUCUCCUACGAAUGUAUUGUUGAUUUGUUUCAUGACAAGAUCCUCAUCUGGUAAAGUUAAAGAUAAAUUCCAGUUUUGGGAACGAUCUAAAAAUGACUUUUUACAGAAUUUAAUAUAAGGAUCACCAAAGUGUCUGUUUGUAUGAAUAAAAAAUAUGUGCCAAAGGAUUCUGGAAGAAAUUGUGUAAUUGCUGAGAAAUAAGCAAAAAAAGUGCGGAUUCGGUCACUUCCGUCGGGUCUUUAUUCCAGCAAUAAUAAUACACUGUCCCACGUGUGCCUAUCUGUGUUGGCGAUCUUCAGUGUGAUCGUUUUUUAGCUAGAUAUUAUGAUUUCACAAAGUUCAGUUUAUGUAACUGUACCAGAUCUAGAUCCACGAUGAUAUAUCAAUACUUUACCUUGGUUUUACAGACUUUCUCACGAAAUCAGUGUUUUACUGCAACUACGUUCAUUUAGCUUUAAUCUUGCCAGAUGGAUAGUGUGAAAUCCUGUAUUUAAAUGAAACCUUCAGAUUUUAUUAACAUUGUUACCAUUUGCACUCUUAUGGAGUUAUGAAUAUAAACUGCUCACAUACUGUAUGUAUUCAUAAAUUGUAAUCUCAAUCAUGAAAAAAAGUUUAAUUUCCAUACUUUUGAAAUAUUGAAAUCCUCAGAUCUACAAAUGUCAUGUUGAUUUUUUUGACGACAAGAUCCCAAUCUAGGAGUGUCAGUCUUGCCAUAGUGUAAAAUCCUGUAUUGAAAUGUUCCUUCAAAAUGUCUAAAUUCACAUCAUUAAAAAAAAACUUUAUUUUUAUACUUUCGAAUGAUUGAAAUCCUCAGAUGUGAUAACACAAAGAAGAUGGUAUGCCCUAGAAGGAUUUCUGACCAUCUCCUUCCUCAGAUAUCUUCUACAAACGUAUUGUUGAUUUGUUUCACGACAAGAUCCUCAUCUGGGAGUGUCAGUCUUGCCAUAGGGAUAGUGUGGAAUCCUGUAUUCAAUUAAUGAAAAAAUUAAGAUUUUAUUUAUACUAUUACUACCAUUUGCACUCUUCAGGAGCUAUAAAUAUAUAUUGCUCACAUACUGUAUGUAUUCAUUUUUCAAUCUCAUCAGUAUCAAUUUCAAUUCAAUUAAAAUUUAUUUCCACAUCUGAUUAAAAACACAAGUACAAAUUCAUAUGCGGAUAGAUAUAUAC